GUUGGAGGAGGGUUUAAAGCCAGGUGCGCCGAGUCAGCUCGCCAUGUCCAGAUCCGGGGACAGGACCUCCACCUUCGACCCCAGCCACAGCGACAACCUGCUGCACGGCCUCAACCUGCUGUGGAGGAAGCAGCUGUUUUGCGACGUGACCCUGACGGCCCAGGGCCAGCAGUUCCACUGCCACAAGGCCGUGCUGGCCUCCUGCUCGCAGUACUUCCGAUCGCUCUUCUCCAGCCACCCCCCUCUCGGGGGAGGGGUCGGCGGCCAGGACGGCCUGGGGGCCCCCAAGGACCAGCAGCAGCAGCAGCCGCAGCAGCAGCCGCCACAGCAGCAGCCGCCGCCGCCGCAGGAGGAGCCCGGGACUCCUUCCUCCUCCCCCGACGACAAGCUGCUGACCAGUCCCCGGGCCAUCAACAACCUGGUGCUGCAGGGCUGCUCGUCCAUCGGGCUGCGCCUGGUGCUCGAGUACCUCUACACGGCCAACGUGACCCUCUCCCUGGACACGGUGGAGGAGGUGCUGUCGGUCAGCAAGAUCUUGCACAUCCCCCAGGUCACCAAGCUCUGCGUGCAGUUCCUCAACGACCAGAUCUCGGUGCAGAACUACAAGCAGGUGUGCAAGAUCGCCGCGCUGCACGGCCUGGAGGAGACCAAGAAGCUGGCCAACAAGUACCUGGUGGAGGAUGUGCUGCUGCUCAACUUCGAGGAGAUGCGCGCCCUGCUGGACUCGCUGCCGCCCCCCGUGGAGUCGGAGCUGGCGCUCUUCCAGAUGUCCGUGCUGUGGCUGGAGCACGACCGCGAGACCCGCAUGCAGUACGCGCCCGACCUCAUGAAGCGCCUCCGCUUCGCGCUCAUCCCGGCCCCGGAGCUGGUGGAGCGGGUCCAGUCAGUGGAUUUCAUGCGCACCGACCCGGUCUGCCAGAAGCUGCUGCUGGACGCCAUGAACUACCACCUGAUGCCCUUCAGGCAGCACUGCAGGCAGAGCCUGGCCAGCAGAAUUCGCUCUAACAAGAAAAUGCUGUUACUGGUUGGAGGCUUGCCUCCCGGGCCGGACCGGCUCCCCAGCAAUUUGGUCCAGUACUAUGAUGAUGACAAGAAGACGUGGAAAAUACUCACAAUUAUGCCGUACAACAGUGCCCACCACUGCGUUGUGGAGGUAGAAAACUUCUUGUUUGUGCUGGGUGGAGAGGACCAAUGGAACCCCAAUGGAAAACACAGUACAAAUUUUGUCAGUCGAUAUGAUCCUCGAUUUAAUAGCUGGAUACAACUUCCACCCAUGCAAGAAAGAAGAGCCAGUUUCUAUGCAUGUCGGUUGGACAAGCAUUUAUACGUUAUUGGUGGAAGGAACGAAACCGGCUAUUUGUCCAGCGUGGAGAGCUAUAACCUAGAAACGAACGAAUGGCGUUAUGUGUCCUCUUUGCCCCAGCCUCUGGCUGCUCACGCAGGAGCAGUGCACAAUGGGAAGAUAUACAUUUCAGGGGGUGUACACAAUGGAGAAUAUGUCCCAUGGCUAUAUUGCUAUGACCCUGUAAUGGAUGUCUGGGCUCGAAAACAAGAUAUGAACACAAAACGCGCCAUCCACACUUUGGCUGUAAUGAAUGAUCGCUUGUAUGCAAUUGGAGGAAAUCAUUUGAAAGGUUUCUCCCACCUUGACGUAAUGCUUGUGGAAUGCUAUGACCCAAAAGGUGACCAGUGGAAUAUUCUCCAAACUCCCAUUUUGGAAGGUCGAAGUGGCCCUGGCUGUGCAGUGCUUGAUGACAGCAUCUACCUUGUGGGUGGCUACAGCUGGAGUAUGGGGGCCUACAAGUCAUCCACAAUAUGCUACUGCCCGGAAAAAGGCACCUGGACAGAACUGGAAGGGGAUGUAGCAGAGCCACUGGCAGGUCCCGCCUGCGCACCGGUUAUCUUGCCCGCCUGUGUACCUUACAACAAAUAACGCCAGGGAACCCUGGAAUGAACACUCUCACAUUCUAGGAAACAAUGACAGCUGACAUCACUAUUGUACUAGGAACAGUGCAUCUAAUGGCACAACUGCCGAAACCCGCCCUUGGGUUCUAACGAUUUACAAGUAAUGACAAAAGAAAAAGACCUGUUCUUGAACAGAUACUGUGUCUGCAACUCGGAUCACACCAAACUUCCUGUGGUGACAGACUCUUCCAUCUCAGACUGGUUUUAACUUGUCCCAGCUUUACGAAAACUCCUCAUGUGGACCUUAACGUUCAAAAGGAGAAAGAUACAAUACAGAAGAGUGCCCCAGACAGACCUAAGAUCAGUAUUGUGCAUUGUAGUCUACCUGCAUGUGACCUAUGUUGAAGUUUUGGGGAUAUUGUGUUCAUGAACGAUCCAGAAUUCGACCCACUGAAAUACUUACACUGCAUUACAGAAAUUGCCACUCGAUUCUAUAUUCCUAACCUGUGGCUCCUUCACAGACACCAUAGGCAACACAGUUAUAGAAAAUCAUAUAAGAUUAAAGGGGAACAUGUUUGUUUCUAUAUAACUUCAUUUCACGUACCGCCUGCCCCUUACAGCACCUCACGGGAUCACAGAAGAGGAAGAUGUUGGCUCUCGUAGCAAUUGCUUUCUGCCCUGUGGGCUCUAGGCUAGCCAGUCAUAAUUUGUGUCCUCAAUUUUAUAUGAAAGAUUAAGACAAAACAUACUAUGUCACUAUUCAUUCCACAGAAGCUCAUGUUUUGUCUUUUUUUUUUACAGUAUAUAAAAAAGUAGUGAACACAUCUGUUAGUUCCUUCAAAAGGUAGGACUGACAGUUUUCGUACAAUAUUGAAGAGAUUCUGUUGGAUAACACGUCUGACCCAAACUUAACCUAUGAUGAAACUGGGAGAUUGCUUUCAGGAAUUCAGGGAUGAAAAGAAAGAAAAAAUUUCUUUUAAGUGCCAUCCCAGUUGUCUCUCUGUCCCUAAAACACACCACUUAAAAGAGCCACAAGAACGAAUUAUAGCUCUUAACAAAUAUGUCUCCCUCUUCCUCACCUUUGGCUCUAGAAAUGGCUCUGGAUUUGGCUCUAGGAAAGCACAUGACUUACCCUGAUUAUUCUCCAACUCAUCAUAUUUGUUUGUUAUCACCAAAGAUGCCUGAGAUCAGUUAGCUGAACAAUUGCUAGUUGUCUUUAGAAGCAUGAGGAAUGUAGGAGCAGAAGGUCAGGAGAGCAUGAGAUAGUUUUCAAUGUGAACAAUCAAAAGAGCAAAACUGGAAGGAACAUGAAUUUGAUUUUCAAGCGCUUCAGAGCUGAAACAACGGUUAAUACUAAAUUGUAGCCUAAAAUAUUUUUUAAUCACCCAGAGGUGUUGUUGAAUCCCUCCACAAAAGUGUCAUUCAAAACAACAACAUGGGGAAGCCACAGACUAAAAAUGCCUUGGUGAUAAACUUUCACCGUGGAGCAUGUCGAGAUAGAUGGGUGUACUGGAAUCCAAUGCCGUUUCUACAGUAAAGUGCAAUCUUUGUUGUUUUUGUAUUUAUUUGUAUGUUCAGAUCCAAAGGAUCCGUUGUAAAAAUAUAUAUAUAAAUAUAUAUAUAUAUUCAGUGCAAUCAACUUUCAUUUCUUUUUCCUUGAAAACAUAUAUAUAGGAAAGAAAAGUUACAGUACUUGGGAAAAAUCCCAGCUGACA